GACAUGGAUAUUACUAGUAGUAUCACACGCGUUUGAAAUGAUCUGUUAUGUUGACAAAACAAAAUUUAAAGUGUUUGAAAUGAUUGAUUCUUACAGUACAAUAUUGAAUUAAAUCCAUCAAAAAGGGCGUAUAGACUUUUAAAAGAUGGAGGUAUCAGGAAAGAAACUUUGUAAACCAUGCUUGAAACAAAAAUCAUCGACAUACACAGACCGGUUCUGUUUACAUUGUGAAGAAGAAAUGUGUCAAAGUUGUUUUGAUACUCACGUACAAUUCAAAGUAAGUCAGGAGCAUAGACUGGUUAAAUCAUUUGAGAUUCCAUUAAAAGCAGAAACACCUACGUUGGAUAUCAAGCGGAACACCAAACAGGACAAUGUGCAACUCAUUAAAUCGCUGGACGAUCUUCAAAGACGUUACGACAAACUGGAACGGAGAUUCCAUGAGGAAGUACGCUUAAAAGAUGAUGCCCUACAAAGGUGAUUUUUUAUUAUGUGAUUGAAAUAAAUUUUGGAAAAUGUUUGAAAAUUGUUUGAAAAUUGUCAGUUUGUCCUGCAAAUGGAGCCGUGAUUUUUGGCAUUCCACUUUUCUAAUCGGAAAUUAUUUCGUUCACAAAGUAGAAUGGAGUCUAGUUACAUUUUAAAUGGUGCUGUAAUUGUAGAU